CCCCUCCUGGCUGUCUCUCCUCCACCCCCCCCCCUGGCUGUCUCGACCCCCAACGCACACCGUGGAGGAUUCUGUGCAUUCCUCUCCUCAGCGUGGGGUCAUGUGGGAUUUGACCCCUCACAGUCCAGGGUUACCGCUGCAUGGAGGAAGGACCUCGAUGGAUGUGGAUGAGAGUAGCGAAGGGUUUUCACAAUCGCCACAGUCCCGUUUGACGUAUCCCGAGCAUUCGUUGAGUCCUCACCUCGACAGUCACCCCUUUAUCCCUGACCCCCCCCCACUAUCAAGUUUGUUGCGUUUUCUGCCAUUGAAUGAAAAAAGUGUAGUGAGCCCCAGUCCGUCCCUUGCAACCAAAACCUCAGUUUAUCAUUUCGCUACCGAACAGACGAUUCUUCACCCGUUGACGAAGCAAUCAGAUACCUUCCUCGACCAACAAAUAACAGUUACUUCAACCUUGCAGGCCCCUGUCUUCAUGGAAAUGUCAUACAGUCCAACAAACCGCUCUUCAGAGCUUGACUUUUCAAUGUCCGCUGUAUCGUAUGAAUCUGUGAGCGUAUCAGCUGCAUCUACAACCAAGCCUCGGGAACAUAAAGACGGCCUCAGACAGAGAAUACAAAUACUGAACCCUCAAGCCUGGGAUACAACCCUGAGCUCCUCAUCACCCCCCUUGAUUAGUACGACCCCAAUGCCUUCUCUCCACCUGGAACCCGCCAGGGUCAGCGACCGUAGCCUAGCGCCAGAUUCUACAAAUCCCUCCUCUCCAGCCUCCGAACCCUUCCCUACUUCACCGUCCAAAAGCACGUCCACGCCACGGACCACCUUCCACCCAGAGCAGUCCGAGAACUCUCGGACCAGCAGCGACUCUCGCUCCUCUCUUUCUCAACCACAACAACAACAGACCCCGGCUCCACCAGUGACACAUGGUGGCAGCGGCGGCCGCGGCUGUGGCGACAGAGAAGCGCUUGUUAGCGGCCUGACUUGCCGCCGCUGUUCAAAAGAGCCCCCCUCGCCAGCCAGCCUGCCCUGGUCGGGCUACAGCACCGGGCUCGGUGACUCAGACGGCCCCCCCCCACAUACUGGGGCCCAGGAGCUUGGGGGAUGCCACCUACGCUGCCAAGUUUGCCCAGUCGCCAGCGACUCGAGAUUUGACUCAGACGCUCACAGGCCGACACUCGCAGGCUACACACCGAGAUUGACUCACACAGGAAAUGACAUCAUCGGUGCCCUCUGGUGCGACAUCACACCGAGAUAUUGAUCCGCGUCCUUCCUCGUCGUUUCAGACGUCGAUGCCUAUAAGCGUGUUUUCCCAUAAAUCCAUCUCUAGCUACCAGGCUACCUACCAGGUAGGGAGACGGGCAAGUAAGCAUCCAAUAAUUCCAUUUGUCCCGAAUGAAAUGAUUGAACAAGCUUAGUAUAGGCCUGCAACAUCCAAAGAUGCCCCAUUUUUUGUUAUUUAUUUUGUCUGAGCAUUCGAUUUAUGUAUCGCUGUUGGGUUGUAAAGAAUAUAGCCAAAAUAUGCUUUGUUGCCUACCCCAGCCUUAAUAAGGCAUCGCUUCAAUUAGUUCUCCCGAUGACAAAACGCAUCAUCUUCUGGCAACUUCAUUGCUCACACUUUGUGUGAUCGGCCUAUCUACAAAAGAAAGAACUUUGAAUUGAAAUAAAAUAGUAUGCAUAAAAAAACCGGAGACGGCCCGACGUCUGAGCUC